AUGGAAAAAACAGUAGAAAAGCAAUCCAACCGAUCGGCAUUUCUAAGACAACCAGACAAAAUAAGUUGUAAGCUAUUGGAAAAGUGUCUUACAUGUGUUCUUUUAGCUCGAGUUUUACUGGUAGACUACAGUCCUCCAUUUGAUGCUGAUACAUGUGAAUACCUUCAUGAUGCCUUGGUGAAUUUCUUUGCACUUGUGACUCAUCUGAGCGGACCUUGCCGAACACCAUUCUUUGGAUUGUUUGCACUCACAGACCAUCCAGAGAACCUGUUUAGAUUGCAACAUGUCAGAGGUAACUUUCCAAGGCUCCACACUGCCUUUGAGGAACUCAAGUUACUUUUUAAAGAAAAGUCGGCUAAUCCGUGUACACCAGAUGUUAUUCUACAAGCGCUUAAAGAAACAGCAGCACAGUUCAAAAGACAAUCGCAAAGUCUGAGGCAGAUGAGCUCAUCUAGUUGUCAACUAGAAAUAAUAUUUCUUACCAGCAGAACAGCCACCUCUGUCACGAAACACAUUGAAAAGUUUUCCAAGAAUAUUGAACUCGACAACCUAAAGAAAAUCCAGCUGGUCAAUGUGCAAAGUUGUGAAGAAGUAAACAGAGGAGAUGACGAUACCCGGUCCGAAGAUGACAGUUCACCAGGGACUGACGAAGACGGAUUGAUGGAUGGUGGCCUGGUUGACGUUGUUUCACUGGGCAAAGAUGUUUUCAGUUUUCAAAACUUUUUUAAAACUUGGCUGCUUGACGGUAGUACAGAUCAAGAACACUUACGGAUAACUCUACCCAGUGCGUUUACCCAGGAUAGUGAAGGCGAUCAUAGUCAAGACCAUAUGGACACGGGUCUCACUCUAAAGUGUGAUCUCCACGAACGUUUGCUGAACCCUUUGCACCUUCCUUACCAAUCUUGCUUUACUGUGUGCUCAGAAUCGGCCAAUCUCACGAGCAAAGGAAUUGCAGUAACAAAGCCCAAUAUACUGACUUACCCGGUAUACAACCUGACAGCCGUGAAGCUCGUCAACACAGAGGCUGUUUGUGAGUCAAUACUCUUUGGGAUGCCUUACAUUGUUCGACCCACAUCGUGUUGGAAACUGGAUUGGGAAGAGCUGGAGAGCAACCAGCAGCACUUCUAUGCUUUCUGUUCAGUGCUGAAAGAACGGGUAAUAUGUACACUUCACUACAUUUCCUACUGUCACAGCAGUGGUAAAAAGCUGUUUUCUUAUUUAAUUAAGGGUGUGUCGCUAUUGGCGAGAACCAGUGGUCAGAGUGUGGUCUCACAUGGCCAUCAGCAGGCUGUGAGGGCUUCUCCUCAAGGACACUUCCUUCUCCUUCCAUCUGAUAACUCUCUGUUGUUGAAGUCUAUCGCGGUCAGUGAAAUGAUGCUACCUAGCGAUUUUCAAUCUCCAGUGGCAGGACCGAGCGACAGCGCACUGUCGGUUGUAGCCUCGUGCCUUGACCAGAUCGAAUUCUCCAAUUCAUACAAUCCACUUCUGGUUCAUUCAGAUCUAUACAAGUGUCUGAUCUCUCAAUCCCUAAAGAGCAAUUCAGCUUCGAAACCACUGAAAAGGCGCUUUCAAGCACCUCAGGUUGGUAAAUCUGGCCAGAGACUGAUGUCACCGAAAACAAUUCAGUUAUUUGCAAUGAUACCUUUCUAAGGAACGCUUCUUGCCCAACAGUGUUCUGAAAUUUGCCAUCAGCUAAAAACACAUGUACAGACACGGUCGUCCAUAGUCCCGGCUGAUUCGUAAGGCAAAAUAUGUUUCUCUCCUGUUCUGUGCAAUUCCGAAACCGUGAGUUAUCUAAGAAUAACUUGAGAAGGACUCGAUCUAUUUUGGAGAUAAAUUCUGUCACCAAGACCUCAAGCCUGCAUAAUUUUCUCUGAUCGGAACCAUGCAUGAUCAUAUUCGCAUUCAGACCAUCCUAUAAAGUAAGUAUAGAACGUUUUCACACGACGUCACGGCAUCCAUACUGCUGUUUCUAAAAAAAACAAAACAAAAAAAAAAUGAAACGGCGGCCAUGUUUGUGAACCAAACCAAUCCUGCAGGAGUUGAACUCUUAUCUUAUGUAAACAAUUUCUUUUGUUCCAAUAACUUUGCAUGGCUGCUGGCCACGUACGUGAAAACGCUCUAUAAAUGAGGCGAUGGACUUGCCUCCCAUUAAGAAAAGUAACAUUACUUCAUGCCAUCUCAUGCUACAAAUACCAGAGUUAAACGCCCAACUUAUCAGUAAGGCAUCAGGCCGAAUCCAAGCCCCAAAGAAACCGUAAGGAACUUUCAUCCCUCCUUUUUUCUCUAUCAAAACGUCUUUUUGCUGGACUGAUUAUAAAUUCGCUGUUUCUUAAAGCCUUGUAUGAUAGCUUUUAAUUGCAAUACUUUAACAUUUGCUAGAAAUCCCAGGCUUCCAAGCAAGCAGCAAGCAGCUGUCAAACGGUGACCACUGAUACCAAUCAACAAACAAAAAGGGCAACACCGCGGGCUCAAGCGCGACGAGUGGUAUUUACAGCUCCAAAAGAUCCACUUUCUCAAGCCCCGCAAUUAACAAACGAGUUUAGAUCUGCUGGGACCGUGCUUUCCAUGUCUAAACGUUUCAGAUCCAAUUCUGCGGCAAGUCUCUAUAACAGCAGUCCACCAUCAUUUCCUGAUAACUUGUAGUCAGAGUACCUGUUUUUAAUGAGCAAUUCCCCGUCUCACGAAUGCAAAAGUUCCAGAAGUGGCGUCAUAGUGGAACUGGAGUCUGAUUCUGUGAUCUUUAAAGAGUUUGGAAUAAAGAACCUGUAAGAGUGAUUCAUAAGAAAUAGUACACAGUUAUCCUGAGGCUACAUUCAUAGUUUUGCAAAUAGCAAAAAUAUCCAAAGAUCAUCACAUAAUUGAAAGUGGAAAAACAAACAGCAAAUUAGAGAGGCUUAAGAGAAGCUGAAAACUGAAACAUUACUUCAAGUUUUAAUUAAACACGUGUGCAUAGCUGUCAGCAAAUUCAACUUUGUGUAACAUUAGCUGACAGGUUUCGAAACGGAAAAUUAUCAAGCUUUGAGAAUCUGAAAAUUUAAGAA